GUCAUCGUAUCAAUCUUAGCUCCGCGCCGGUUUCUAGAAAAAUUGUGAAGCUUCGAUGAUAGCAUCCAACGUUUGUCUAUUCUGGCACUUUCCAUGCUAUCUUCAGUUCUGAUCCGACCCGGCCUAUCAUGAAGCCCACGUUUUCAAAUCCCAUAUGAGUUAUUGUACUGGACGAAGAUGAAUUCGAGCGUUUUAAACAAGGCCGCACUUCCGUCGCGACUGAUUUCCCCCGCCCAAAUUACUCGAAGGCAGAGGUUACGGCAAAACAUUGGGAAGCGCGAGCCCGACCGAACAAUCAGUUCCGUCGCGAGGAGGGCGUCGAAAUGUACAGCAAAGUCUGCAUCUCCGGCUCUACUACAUAGACGGCCAUUUCACGCAACCCGUACCUCCCUUGCCGUCACGGACCCCUACAAAACACUCGGUGUGGGCAAGUCAGCCUCCGCUGCAGAUAUCAAGAAAGCGUACUAUGGCCUGGCCAAGAAAUACCAUCCUGAUACCAACAAGGACCCAACGUCCAAGGAUAAGUUCGGCGAAAUCCAGUCCGCCUACGAAAUACUCUCGGAUCCAAAGAAGAAGGAACAAUUCGAUCAAUUUGGUGCCUCUGGAUUCGAUCCUAACGGGCAACCUCAUCCAGGUGCCGGAGGCCACCCCUUCGGCGGUGGCGGGCAUCCAUUCUCCGGCUUUGGCGGCGGCCAGGGGGGUUUCGGCGCAAAUAUCAACUUCGAAGAUAUCUUCUCUGCUUUCACCGGUGGCGCUGGGGGUUUGGAGAUAUUAGUUGGGGAGAACAUUGAGGUUCAGACCAGCAUAUCAUUCAUGGAAGCGGCAAAGGGGACGAACAAAACCAUCACCAUACAUCCUGCCGUGUCAUGCAAUACGUGUGAGGGAAGUGGCUUGAAGAAAGGCACGAAACGGACGGAGUGCAGGUCAUGUGGUGGUUCUGGCACCCAAGUACACUUCAUGACUGGCGGAUUCCAGAUGGCUUCGACGUGCGGUAGCUGCCAGGGCACAGGCCAGACCGUACCUAGGGGGUCUGAAUGCAGAAGCUGCGCUGGAGAAGGAGUUGUCAAAGAACGCAAAACGAUCACGAUCGACAUACCGGGAGGGAUUGAGGACGGUAUGAGACUGAGGGUGGACGGGGAGGGCGAUGCUCCUGCCACCGGUCAAGGCGUCGAUCCCAAGGCUAGGACGGCCCGAGGAGAUCUCUAUGUACUCGUUCGGGUGGCGGCUGAUGCCAAGUUCAAGCGAUCUGGCUCAGACAUCCUGUAUACGGCGGCCAUCCCUUUCACGACAGCCAUGCUUGGCGGCCACGUCACGGUUCCCACUCUGGACGGGCAGGUCGACGUCAAAGUCGGCACAGGCACCAAUACGGGAGACAAGAUGACUCUUGGUGGCAUGGGCAUGAAGAAACUUGGCGGUCGAAGAGGCGGGUCUGGUGACCUAAAGGUCGAGUUCCGCGUUACGAUGCCGAAAUAUCUCACUUCCAACCAGAGGACCAUUCUCGAGAUGCUAGCGGACGAGAUGGGCGAUAAGACGGCGAAACGGAUCAUGAAUGUCAACAUGUCUGGAUCCGAAGACAAUAAUCCCGAAUUUCAUCAGACCGAGGGCUUCCUCAAGUCUUUGUGGCACAACAUAACAAACCACUCUGCUCACCAAAAGCCAGCGGACCAAUCCAAUAACGACAAGAAGUUAGAUGAGAAGGUGGAGAAAAAGCCUGGUGAAGAGCCCAAGAGAGAUGCCGGUUCAGGCUCAGGAUGAACGUGCACGUUUUUGACUGACUAGGCGCGUUGUGAUGCUGUACCGAUACGAAAGCGAAAGGUGCAGAACACACCUCUGUGAACAUAUUCAUACCAUAGAGAGACAUAGAGACUGCAUUGCAUGAGCCGGUGGUGUUGAGGAAGGGAAUCCUCGGGCGUUUGGCAGCAACGGAUGAGGGCUAGGAAUCUGAGCCUCGAUCUCGAACCGGUCCAACUUGUAGAAUAGCACGAAUCUGAGCCUGAGGGCCACUCUUCUCUACCAAUGACAAGUACACAUAAAUAAUCAAAACUGGAUACCGAUCCGCCUUGAG